UUCCUCUGCCACGUCACGUCGGUGCGAGACCAGUCAUGCAUCCCUUGCGAGGAGAGGUCAGCAGAUUUCCAAAUCCUGCCCAGCAGCUGUGGGCACGCGCGGGAUGCCUACGCGUUCGGAACAACGGUGGAAAACCUCCUGACGGUCCUGAACGAUCAGGUUUCAGGGGAUAUUCUCUCCGGCUUUCAGCAAACCUUGCGCUGUACGCUGCUGAAUCCAGACCCCAAGUGUCGCCCACCGCUGUCCAGCCUCUUGUCUCACGAGUUCUUCAGGAACGAUUUUCUGGAAGUUGUGAACUUCCUGAAGACGUUGACACUAAAGUCCGAGGAGGAAAAAACUGCGUUUUUCAAGUAAGUGAGGAAACUGUCAUCGUGGGCUGGGGAAGAGCUGGUGGCGUCGCGGCUGGUGCCUCUUCUGCUCAAUCAGCUCGUGUUUGCAGAACCUGUAGCUGUCAAGAGCUUCCUUCCUCAUCUGCUGGGUCCAAAGAAAGAGCAAAUCGGCGAAAACCAGCCCAGCUGCCUGCUGUCGCCGGCCUUGUUCCAGACGCACGUCAUUCCCGUGCUGCUGAAGCUGUUCGAGGUUCACGAGGAGCACGUUCGAAUGGUGCUGCUGUCUCACAUUCACGCCUACGCCGAACUCUUCUCCCGUGAGGAGCUGAAGAACAUCAUACUGCCUCAGGUACUGCUGGGCCUCCGAGACACCAGCGACUCCAUCGUCGCAAUAACGCUGCACAGCUUAGCGGUCCUCGUCUCCCUGCUCGGGCCCGAUGUGGUUGUCGGUGGAGAAAGAGUGAAGAUUUUCAAGCGCUCUGCGCCAAGUUUCAUGAAGACGGCCGAUCUCUCCCCAGAAGCCUCCCCGGGUCAUGUUGUAAGCAACGGGAGAAAUCAAACCUCUCGGCCCUCGAAGACCAACUCCAGCGGGUUCCCCACCUCCGGAAACAUCCCCGGCAAGAAGCUUUCCGUGCGACAGGACAACCCACUGGCUCUCGAGACAGGUGAGCCAGACACUCGGUCGCCCCUGAAUGGAAUUCCUGGAAGCAUUAAUGCACCAGGAAGUGGCCGGAGCUCUUGGACUACCUCUGAAAAGCCGGUGGAGGAGUGGCCAGACUGGAGCGAGCCAGAGGAGCCGGACACGGAGCAGACUGUGAACAUUCACAUUCAGCCCCAAGAGCCACGGGGCAGCGCGGGACCUUAUUUUGCUGGACACGAUGUGGAUGAGAAGCCUUGGGAUGACUUUGAGCCCAGCAGCCCUAGUCCCGAACUGUCCUCGGGAAACUGCCUCGCUGUGCCACAGGCUGAUGGGGUCGAAACGCCCAGGCCCGGGCCGGGUACCCAUCAACUGAGCAAAGACUUCAAAAGCCUCAGACUGAGUCCCCUCACAAAGUCCUGCCCUGGGAACAGCUGGAGCAGGGAGAACUGGGACCACCAGGAACAACUGGGAGAAACUGUGCUGCCCAAAAGGACCUUUCAGGAAAGGUUGACAUCUUCAUCCGAGUCCGGCCUAGGAGAAGAAUUCACCAUCAAAGUGAAGAGGAAACCCGCACGAGACCCUGAGCUGGACUGGUUUGCUGACAUGAUCCCAGACAUCAAGCCUUCUUCGGCUGUCUUGAGAGAAGGUGCUUCCCAGAACGCGCUGUUCUCACCCAAAUUUGCAGCGGCUGAUGUUAUUGAGGCUGAAGCUGCAGGCUGGGGUGAAGAAGAGGAGUUGAACUGGGAAGAUGACACUAACUGGUAAUGGCUGGACUGAAAGAGACAAAGGCAGUUUAUGGCGUGUUGGAUCCUGCGAGAGAAGUCGCUGCUUCCCCACUACAACAGAUAAGUACCUCAGCACUGCUUUUGCCAGAAGGCAGGCCCUUGC